CUUUUCAAAGUCAGUGGCCGGCCAGUCGAGUUCGAGUCAGGGAUCUUGGCGUACAUCGCCGUCAGGAGCGUCCCGUCCUCGACUUCGCGCCGUCGUCGGCGAGCUGUGAAUCGGCGCGGAACUAACAGUGGUGCAGCGGGCAGUGCAGGCCACCAGCACCAUGGCGUCCAGCGUGGUCAUGCUGGACAGGGGCAACAACACGACGUGCACCGUGAACCUGCACGGCGCCACCGUGGUGUCGUGGAGGGUGAACAACCAGGAGCAGCUGUUUGUCAGCAAGCAGGCGGUGUUCGACGGCAAGAAGGCCAUCCGAGGAGGCAUCCCCUUCGUCUUUCCGCACUUCGGGUCGUGGCCGUGCGGGCCGCAGCACGGCUUCGCGCGCGUCCUGCCCUGGACGCUGGAGCGACCGCCGGAACGCAACCCCGCCACCGGCGACGUGGAGGCCGCCUUCAUCCUCACCGACAACGAGCACACGCAGCACUACUGGAACCACGCGUUCCGCGUGACGUACCGACUCAUCCUCCGGGAGAAGGAGCUGCACUGCCACGUCCAGGUGGUGAACCCGAGCAGGGACCGGGAGCUGUGCUUCCAGCUGCUGCUGCACACCUACCUCAAGGUGCCCGACGUCACCCGCUGCCAGAUCACCGGCCUGCGCGGCUGCACCUACACUGACAAGACGCGGGAUGAGGCCGUCUUCCAGGAGGCGAGCGAGGGCGUGCAGGUGACGGAGUGGACCGACCGGGUGUACCGGAACACGCCGUCGGAGCACAUCGUCACCAACGUGGUGUCCGGCCGCAAGAUGCGCGUCCUCAAGUACAACCUGGCGGACACAGUGCUCUGGAACCCUUGGUCCCAGGACGUGCAGCGGCUGUCAGACCUGUGCGCAGAGGAGUACCGCAGUAUGCUAUGCGUUGAGCCUGGACAAGUGACUUCGCCUGUGAUGCUAUUGCCUGGCACAGCCUACGAGGGAAGCAUGAUGCUUCAGGUGAUGUGAAAUCUAUGAAAGCUACUGGGCCUGCGGCUGACUUAGUUCCUAAACUCCUGCUCUGGGUCGUCAAACCAGCUUAUUGUGCAAGUGAACACCUGGACAGCAGUGAAAACAUCAUUAAUGCAAAUUGCAAUUUAUAAUUUUUGUCCCUCUAAGAAAAUGAAACAAAAACAUUGUACUGUGCCCUAUUAAAUUCUGUGAUAGGAUCCAACCACAAUUUUUAAUUGUUUUCUGCAUGCCUGAUGGCUGUUGGAAAAAUUUGAGUGAUGACAUGGUGAGGAUCUUGUUCCUUUUAUGAAUUGGUCACCAUUGAAUUGUGAACAAUUCAGUCAUUGUUACUAUGAUUAAUUUUUAAGUUUGAAAUUUUCCUUUAUCAUGAGAGUUGUCGUCUCAAAUGUUUUUGAAACAGCUCCAAUCUUGUGUUUAAUUUAUUGAUUCUAGGUAAAAGUAGAUAGCUAAUGUCUCUUUUAUUUGUUAGAUGACUUUUCUCUGGCAAGUUUGCUGGAUUUCCAUAUAUUGUAUACGAUAGAUUUAACUAUCCUAAUUUUAAUUCUCAAAUUUAUGUAGUAUUGCUUGGUUUUAAAUAAAUUUUUAUCCAGAGGAUGUGAAGUCUAAUCAUCUUUAUGGACCACUGAUUUAUGUUGUUUGGAUAUAAUAGAAUAUGCUUGUGGAUUGUAUAAAACUUUAGUAAUUGCCAAAGAAAUUUUUUUUUCAACUAAAAUGAUUUGUCUCUAGAGUUUCACAGUAAAAUUUUCUGCACAAAUUGAUCUCUUACAAGCAAGAUCUCUCAUGAUUGUUAAGUUUUAUUCCGCUGUGUAACUGGAAAACAAACUUUGUAAUUUGGUUAUGAGUAAAAAAUACUGUGAUUAGUACGGUAAAA